UUAAGUUAGGUUGUUUCCCGUUCUGGGAACUGGUCCACGGGUUUAAAUUAUUAAAUACCGAGUCUGCGGAUCCAUAUCCAAUAGGAAACACAAGUAAGCAUUCCUUUCUUGCAAUCAGGGUCAGACAUGCUUGGGUCAUGGCUCAUUACGACGAAAGAUUUUGUCCCAGUUUUAGUUUUUUGGAUCAGAUGAGCACUGGAGUGGAUCUGUUAUGGUGAAGGGAAGGUGGGUGGAGUAACCGUAUUGGAGUCAGACAAAGAAACCCUGAAAGCAAAAAAUGCUUGGAAGUGGUUCUGUUAUACUGAUGCUCACCAAUCACUUCGUCUGCCAUUAAUGCUGGCUCCGAUCUUUUUGUCUGGGUAUGGGACAGCAGCAGCAGAAGCAGAAGCAGAAGCAGCAGCAACAACAACAACAGCACUGCGACAGUGAUGCCGUUUCUAAGAGCGUCAGCAGCCCAAGAUUUUCGGGACCAAUGACUCGAAGAGCCCAGUCCUUCAAGCGAAACAACAAUGGCAGUAACAGCCAUAAUACCCAACAUGAGAUAGAUCUCCAACUCAACUCCCCGAGAUCUGAAAUCCUAAUUUACUCGGCUUUGCAUGAGGAGUUGGACUCACCUUCUGGGAGGAAGCAGAUCCACAAUCAGAACCAGCGAAUUCAUGGGGGUCUUGCUUCUUUCUUCGGAAAGAACCCAAAUCUUCUGAGGAAGCCAGUUGGGUCUGUUGUUGUUGAUUUGGGCUUUCGGGAGAAGAGAAGGCUGGGACAUUGGAUGUUCUUGGUCUUCUGUGCCUUCUGCUUGUUCUUGGGUAUUCUGAAGAUAAGUGCAAACGGGUGGUUUGGAGCUUCUGUUGAACGAGAAGGGCCGUAUGUGGAUUUGUCUGACACCCCCAUCAUUGGUCAAACUCAUCAAUAUGUACAAAGGGAGGGUGGAAGUGAUGUUGAACGAACUCUAAUGAUGGUAGCAUCGGGUGUAGUUGACAGCCAAAACAACAUACUUAAAUACUCAGAUAUUUGGUCCAACCCCAACAGUGAGAAUUUCAUUCAGUGCAUCAACCAUCCAAAGGGUCACAAAAAGCUGGAUGCUAACACAAAUGGUUACCUUCUUGUAAAUGCAAAUGGAGGCUUGAAUCAGAUGAGAUUUGGGAUAUGUGAUAUGGUUGCUGUUGCAAAGAUCAUGAAGGCAACACUCGUCCUACCCUCACUUGAUAACACCUCCUUCUGGGCUGAUGAAAGUGGCUUCAAAGACCUUUUUGACUGGAAGCACUUCAUAGAAAGACUGAAAGAUGAUGUCCACAUAGUUGACACGUUGCCGCCUGACUAUGCUGGAAUGGAACCUUUGACAAAGACCCCAAUAUCCUGGUCAAAGGUCAGUUAUUAUAAAUCGGAGAUCCUCCCACUUCUGAAGCAGCACAAAGUUCUGUACUUCACUCAUACUGAUUCCCGACUUGCCAAUCAUGGACUGCCAAAUUACAUACAAAAGCUGAGGUGUCAUGUGAACUACAGGGCAUUGAAAUAUUCAGCCCCAAUUGAAGAACUUGGGAACACGUUGGUUUCGAGGAUGCAAGAGAGUGGAAGCCCUUAUAUAGCUCUCCAUUUAAGGUAUGAGAAGGAUAUGCUGGCGUUCACAGGCUGCAGUCAUAAUUUGACCGCGGAGGAAGAUGAGGAGCUCCGGAGGAUGCGUUAUGAAGUUAGUCAUUGGAAGGAGAAGGAAAUUGAUGGAUCCGAGAGGAGAAAGCUUGGGGGUUGCCCAUUGACUCCAAGGGAGACUUCCCUUCUGCUUAGAGGUUUAGGUUUCCCAUCAAGCACCAGGAUUUACUUGGUAGCUGGGGAAGCUUAUGGGAAUGGAAGUAUGCAAUUUCUUAGGGAUGAUUUUCCAAACAUCUACUCCCAUAGUACCCUCUCUAUGGAAGAAGAGCUGAACCCUUUCAGAAAUCACCAAAACAUGCUCGCAGGUUUGGACUAUGUUGUUGCCCUUCAGAGUGAUUUGUUUGUUUACACGUACGAUGGGAAUAUGGCAAAGGCUGUGCAAGGUCAUAGACGCUUUGAGGGCUUCAAGAAAACCAUCAGCCCAGACAGGCAGAAUUUUGUGAAACUUGUUGAUGAACUUGAUGAAGGAAAGAUCUCUUGGAAGAAAUUCAGUUCAAAAGUGAAAAAGCUUCAUAAAGAACGAAUUGGAGGUCCAUAUCUCAGGGAGCCUGGAGAGUUUCCAAAGCUGGAGGAGAGUUUCUAUGCAAACCCUCUUCCAGGAUGCAUAUGUGAAAGUCACUCGACAAGUAAGCGUUUAAGAUGAUGAGCUGCAAUCUUCUUUCAUGGCAUGAACCACAUCAAAGCCAAGAAAAUCCAGAAGAAUUUUUUUCAUGGUUGCGGAUAUAUUUUUUCAGUGUGACGAGCUCAAAUGCCAUCUAGAAGGAACUAUCAACUACAUUUGAUUCAAAAUGCGUCAUGACUGGGAUAUCAUCUGAAAGGAGGUUGAAUUGACGCAAUGGAAGGAGGUUAUUAUGUUUCAUACAUAAUAAUCAAUUGGGAGCAAGCGAUGGCUGUGCUGAUAAAUCCCAAAAGAAUUAACAGGACACCAUACUAAAGCUGGAGCUCCAGAAAACUGCAGAACAACAUGCAGCAAUCACGUGGAGUGUUUUUUGUGUAUGUUGUGUAAUCCUGUUAAUGUAACUUGGGUAAUUUGCUUGGGGAUACAAAGGGAUGGCACAAACUGAUUGGGCUGUGUUCAUUCAUCUUCAUGUAAAACAAAAAAAGCUCGAUAAAAAUGAAAAAUGACCAUUCUUGAGCCGCUUUCCA